AUAUUUGACAACUUGCACGUAAAAAGAAAAACGUGCCUCAAAAACAUGGUGGCAGCUCAGUGAAAAGGGUGAACCGUUCGACUAGUCAUUAAAUUAACAGAAGCUUAUUUAGCAGGAGUGUUUGAAACAAUUUGUAAACACCGUUUAGUAAGCUUCACACAAAACCAAGGAUGACGUCCGAAGAAACCCAAAUAUCUGAAGAACUUAAGGGAUGUUACGAGAAUCUUAUUGUAAUCGACAUUGGCGCGAACUUGACGAACAAGAAAUACGGCCGUGAUCUCGAUUCGGUGGUACAAAGGGCAAAAGAUGCAGGUGUCCAGAAGAUCAUGGUGACAGGCACUUCAGUACGGAACAGUAAGGAAGCCCUAAGACUGACUCGCCUCUAUCCCAGCACUAUCUAUUCCACAGCCGGUGUUCACCCUCACGAUGCGAAGUCGAUGAUAGAAGAGGACAUGUGGGCGGAGCUCCAGGAGACGGCAGCGGCGCCCGAGUGCGUGGCGGUCGGCGAGUGCGGCCUUAACUACAGCAAGGAUUUCUCCGAGCCACAUGUGCAGAGAGAAGUGUUUAAGCGUCAGGUCGAAAUGGCAUGUGAACUACGAAAACCCCUAUUCGUACACGAAAAAGAAGCUCAAGACGACUUAAUAAAAAUUCUAGACGAAUUUGGUAGUCGUCUGCCGGCUGUUGUCAUUCACUCAUUCACUGGGUCCGUGGAACAAGGGCUAAAGUAUAUCGAGAAGGGGUUCUAUCUGGGUAUAACGGGUUAUAUUUGUAAGGACAAGUCUGAUGGAGGAAUCAGAAGGCUGUUGUCAGAAAGGUUGCUGCCGUUAGACAAAUUGCUGGUGGAGACAGACUCGCCGUUCAUGUAUCCCAAUAUGAGGGCUUCGAAGCUGCCGCUGCAUGUUAAAGAUUCUUUGACUGAGAGAUCGAUGAACUUCGUGAACCGCUACUGCACGUUCCAACGCAAUGAGCCUUGUGCCCUCCCAGCUAUUGUGGAACUGAUCGCCGGCUUCCUCGGCCAGAAACCUGAGGAUGUCGCCUUAGCCACUGCUUUCAAUGCUCUGAAGAUCUUCGGACUGAGCCAGUGAGAGUCAUGGUAAGUUAAACAAUAUAUAAUGAAAACCCUGUCCGAUACUUAAAGGUAUUGGUGUGUUUAGGCUAUAGAGCCGCGUGAGAAUGUCUCGACGAGAAAUCUUGCCGAGAUAUACGAGAAUCAGAAGUACGAGAACUCUGAUAUUUACACUUUUUUCUCUCUUGUUUGUGGUUUUCUAAAUAUCAGUUUGCAUAUAGGGGUUUUCUUUACAUAUUGUAUGUAUUAUUAGAGGGUUUUCAAUUUUGUGCAUUAAAAAUAGGGGGUAAAUAAUACUGAAAGAAUUGAAAAUGAGUGCCUUAGCGCCUAAAGUGCCUUGAUUACAAUGAGUCAAUUAUGUUCCCAGAUAAAUCAGUUAUUGUAUUUACGAGAUCCCAGUUGUGAUUUAUUCUAAUUUAGAUUCGAUUUGUGGUUUCCUUCGACCGUCAUCCGAAUAGUUCAUGAUUUUCCAACGAAAUUGUGAAUUAUGUAACUAGUAACUAACCUCGAAAAUUGAAUACUCAUGUUCAUUGUUAACGUGCAUUUCGAUAAUGACAACGAUGAUGUGGAUUGUAAAAAAAAGCGAUUUAUUUAAGUGGCACAAUGAGGCUAUUUGACCGUUUUUGCGAGUCGUUCUGAUAUCGAUUUUUUAUCGAUACUCAGUUUCGCAACACGUCCUAAUUCGAUAUUGUAAACAUUUGGUAAAAUCUUGCCAUUGAAUUAGAUAAACUAACAUUAAAUGUUGCCUUUCUAAAUCGUAAGUUUUGACGAUAAGUGUUGCCAGAUUUUGGUAGAAUCGAUAAAUUAGGAUAUGCUUGACCGGUUUUAACUAAAUUGUUGAAUGGAUUUAUCGAUGUUAUAAAUAAUAACUGAAGCAGCUAAUUCGAUUGCGAUUUAAUAAAUUAUUUUAGUUAAAUAAACUUUACAGAUUAUUCAGCGUUUAUAUUUAUUUAGAGUUUAUUAUCUGUGGAGUUGGUUUGACUAACUGUCAGUAUUGUUAUAAUGUAGUUUUGUUUAUGACUCGAAAAUAGUGUUGUGAACCGGUCAAGUAGAUUCUAAUAUAUCGAUAAAUGAAUAAUAAUUAUCAUAAUAAUGAAAAAAACUACGCAAGUUACAAAAGCGUACCUGAGACGCGCCAAGUCUAAAUUAUUGCCAUUGAAGAAAAAGUACUUGGUAUUUUGCAUAAUAUACGAACAUCUUUUUUUAUGAUUAAGUUUUUUUGACUAUGAUUUGUGGCUUAUGUAUGCACUCGCCUUUAAAUUCGGUGGCAACGAGGUCUUAGUCAGACUGAUCUCAAAGAUACCGUGUUUGAAUACAACUUAAUAUGAAUUAUAUUAUUUUCACUAACAGAAUUAAAUAUUUAGAAAAACGCCUGAAUUAAAUUCAAUGCGUUUUUCGUAUAUCCCCUUAGUGUUGCAGAACAUUUUAUCGAUAUAAUUAUUUGUAAUUAAUGCCUUAAGUUUAAGUAAAUGUAAACCAUGUUUGAUACUAACCUUUGUAUGUAAAUGUAGUUAAGGCGACUUAUUUGAAGAUAGAUAUUUUGUCGCCAAAUAUUUAGAGACGUUAAUGUUUUGUACGUUUUUAUAUAAAUAAGUACGAACUCAUGGGAAGCGGAGAAACAGACUGUAUGAGUCUAUAAAUAUUAUUUUUUUACACGACAAGUUAUAAUAAGGAGUUUGUACGUCUGUUUGUACGCUUUAGAUGAUAAAUUCGUCUUGCAUUCGUUGUCGGUAAAGUGAACUGCAACGCUAAGCUACUAUCAACGGCCAGUUGCCAUCUAUUAAUCUAUGUGCACGGUGUUAGGUACCUAUCUCUAGUUAUUCUCGCUCUGUAGAGCAUUCCUAAUCGAAUUACAAUAUUUAUAUUUUUCAUCGAAUAUUUGUAAAUAGUUUGAGCAAAAUGUGUAAUAAUUAAAAUAAAUAUAAAUAAUUAUUUAAUUAAUGAAUUAAUGUUAAUUUAAUGCUGGUAGUCACAACGAAAUCAAAGACUGCAAGUAUUAAAAAAUGUGAAACUUGACAUGUUAAUUGUUUACGUUUUUGUAUCGAUAUUAUUUACGUAUUUAAUCGUUUAUUUGUAAGAAGUACUGUUAUUCCUUUAUUUUUUGACAAUUUGUUGUAGUGUGUAAGUGUGGGUUGGCGGGCGAUCUAUGUAUGAUUGCAAUGUAUAGAUAUUGUGUGUCACCCCACCCGGGUUUUAGGGUCAUUGUGAGUUACCCCACCCGGGUGUGUUGGGGUCAACGUUCGCCGGCCCGGGUCGCGAUUUAGUGCCUUCGAUGAAACGUCCUUUUGUGAUACAAUAUUUUCAUAGAAUGUACAGAUUAUUUCUUUCAAUAUACAAUUAAAGAGAU